GACAGCGCGUCACCAUAGGUUUCCACACUCCCCCAGUAUUGUGCCGUAAUUUUGAACGUGCAUGUGUCACCGUGAUCACAUGGCGUUCGAAGCCAUAAAAAAUAGAAAAAAUGCGCUAAUUUUAUGUGUUUUGCUUUUUUUUGCAACGGCCUUCUUCUGUUUGCAGUACGUCGGCAUUCGAACUGUUGGGACGGCAGCCAGCAGACCGUGCCAGACCGCCGUCUUUGAUUGGCGGACUCUUAACGUGGACGAAAUGGCACCGGAGGACAUGAUGAACUAUUUCCUGUGGCCCAAUCGAACGUCUUGUCGUCUCGUACAUGAUUUUGGCGGACACAUGAAACGCAAACCAUCGGGACUAGACGGCCAGAAAGCCGUGUGUCUCAGUCCCAAGCAAGUGGCGCCUCCUCCUGGUGAAUGCCUGGUUUACUCCUUCGGUAUCAAUAACGAAUGGUCUUUCGACGAUCAUAUGGAACGCUACGGCUGUCAAAUUUACGCGUUCGAUCCGUCAAUGAAAGCGAACGACCACGAUCGCAGUCCAGCCAUUCAUUUCCUGAAACUGGGGCUUCAUAGCCGAGACUGGACCAACAAAAAAGGAUGGCGACUCCGCUCGCUCACAUCCAUCUACAACAUGCUGAAGAAGCGACAUGGUGAAAGGGUCAUCGACUAUCUAAAGAUAGACAUCGAGUUGGACGAGUGGGAAGUCAUUCCUCAGAUAAUCAAAUCGGGGAUGUUGGCCAAAAUUCGUCAGCUGGCCAUAGAGAUCCAUUUGCCUAUCAAGGAUUCUCCGAAGCAGAUGCGCGAUCGUGUUCGCUUCAUCCGCUCACUCGAGGAAGCGGGCAUGGUGCGUUUCGAUUCCAAGAUGAAUCCUUGGUUCGGCGGUACGUUCAAGCUGCUCGGUUUGUCAGGCCCACGGGGCUAUGAAAUCGCUUGGUACAACAGCAAAUUUCUGAACGGCAAAUGGUCAUAGUUGACAUCAUCCUUUUUCAUACGCGGAUUUUUUUUUUCUCCGUGUUGAAGUUUGUAUUUGCAAUAAUUCUCUUUGGGUCGAUGUAAACCCAAGUUAAUUGUUUACUGUGUUUUUCUUAUCAAGUUGCAAUAG